AAAAAGUUUUGAUUUGGUUGGCCAAUGUUGAAUUGGUUCAAUGGUUAAUUGCAAAUUGUAAACUGUUAACGUUCUAACGAGCAAAAUCGCUUUAAAUAACAAAAAUGUCAACACCUGUUCCACUUAUUGUUAAAUUAUUGGCUUCUUCAGUUUCUGUGGCAAACAGGGCAGGAAAAAUUGUGAGAGAUGUUAUGAGUAAGGGGGAAUUAGGUAUAGUUGAAAAGGGUAAAGAUGAUUACCAAACGGAAGCAGACAGAUCUGCGCAACGAUGCAUAAUUGCAUCACUCGCUGCACAAUAUCCUAAGAUAAAUAUUAUUGGUGAAGAAGAUAAUCCAGACACUGAGGGUGAGGUUCCCAGUGAUUGGAUUGUUAUUGACACAGAUAAAGAUGUUAUGUCUCUGGAAUGCCCUUCUAGUCUGCAAGGCGUGAAGGAAGAGGAUAUUGUUGUGUGGGUGGACCCACUAGAUGGCACUUCGGAGUACACUCAAGGUGCCCUAAUGUUGAAGAGAGAUCCAUGGGAAAGAUGGAAAAUGUAUUUGACACAUCCAUUUAUUAGUAUUAAAUGGUAUUUAAGUUUACUUCAAUCAAAUUAUGGUUUUCUGGAACAUGUGACAGUUUUGAUUGGAAUCUCGGUAAAUGAGAAACCAGUAGCUGGUGUUAUCCACCAGCCCUAUUAUAAGACUCUAAAUGGCGGGGAAAAGAAAAUGGGAAGGACUAUUUGGGGCUUGCAAGGUGUGGGCGUAGGUGGGUUCACUCCAGCCCCUCCACCAGAUUCCCUGAUUGUCACCACCACAAGGAGUCACUCAAAUGCCCUUGCGGAGAAAGGAUUGCAAGCUAUGAAUGCCAGUCAGGUGUUAAGGGUUGGUGGUGCUGGUUAUAAGGUUUUACAGCUUUUAGAAGGUAUAGCAUCUGUUUAUGUAUUCGCUACCAGUGGUUGUAAGAAAUGGGACACGUGCGCGCCGGAAGCGGUGCUGAGUGCUGCGGGGGGCAAGCUGACAGACAUCCUCGGCAACUAUUAUAAAUAUGGAGCCUCGGAGCAAAGACUCAACAAGACCGGAGUCCUCGCAGCGGUCAAUAACGACUUGCACAGUUAUGCAUUGAGCAAAAUACCUGAAGAACUAAAAGAACUACAAUCUAAAAAGUGAUUUUGUAUAAUAUUGUACAUAUGUAUAUAGAGGGAAAUAAAAGAUGUUUGUGUA